AUGUGCAUUCACUGCCUGGAGAAGAUGAUCGAUAACUGUGAAUCUGCUGGUUCUCUACCACGUUGUCCUAACGAAUCAUGCAAUGCGUUGUAUAAUGUGGAAUCCGUAAUCGCAAUGCGUGCAAUGCUACCGGGAAAAUCGGCAUUCUUCAAUAAACUUUCACUGGAUAACAACUACUAUUACUUGAUCAAGGAUGAAAUAGUUACUCCAACAAAAUUUUCUGCAAAUUUUAAAUCGGUACAGAGAUAUUGUGAAAUAGAUGUCAAACAUGGUAUUGUGCCAACUUGGCGAAGCGCAGCGCCAAUUUAA